CGUAGGAGCGAACGUCGCCGGAACAGCUGCUUGUUGUUCGACAGAAGAGAUUUCCUCCUAAAACAACGCGUCAGCAGGUGAAGCUUCAGCGAUGAACGUGUCGGUGCGUGAGGUCCGCGUCCCGUCCGAGCCUGACUCCGCCUACUUUCUGCGCGUGGACUGGAGGGGGCGGGGCUUAGGCUCAGGCUUCCAGUUGCUGCUGACUGAUGGACAGAACGCUUGGAGAGGAGAUGUGAGCGAGGCGGAGGUGUGCGAGGAGGCGGAGGAGCUGGAGAUGCAGACGGAGCGCUACGUCCAGGACCUCCAGCAGGCGCUGACGGAGACCGAGACCGAGAGCUACAGCUUCACGCUGACUCCGCCUCCACCCGAACGCUGCUCCUCCGUCACGCUGGAGUACGAGAAGGUCCAGAAGGACAUCUCUGUGAGUGAUGACACACACACACACACACACACACACACACACACACACACGAGUCACGAGGUCAAUUUAAGAAGAAAGAUGGUCGUGUGUGUGUUUGGACUUUAAGACUUUAUGGGUGGAUUGUUGACAUUAAGAGUUGUUGUUGACGAUCACUUCGUAUAUGUGUGUGUGUGUGUGUGUGUGUG